AUGCCACACCUUAGGCGACAGAGUCCUUAUGAUUUGCCGCAAGGGGCUAGUCUCCGCACCCAAUUCCAAACCCCUCCUUCAAGGCAUACCCCAACCAACCCAACUCAUCGACUCCUACCUUCCUCCGGUCCCCAUGAGAUAACUCCAGAUCCGUUGCCUGUAAUGGCGCCUCCAACGGGAUACCCAAAUCCUUUUAAUAUUUUUGGGCGGGGAAGAACUCAACAGCCUCCUCCUGAGUUGGUCGAUGUUGAGGACCAGUUUGAGGAUGCCGACUAUGAUGACAAUGCGGGCACGGAACUGGGGCAAUACGAUGAUGGAAUGGUGGGGGAGGAUCAACUAGAGAUGGAUGAUACUGCAGAUAUGGAUGGAGACGAGAUCGAGGAGGAUAUCAUGGAGGACCAUCUUGAGGGGGAUGAAGAAAUGCACGACCAAGAACGAUCUCCGUCGCCCCUGCCACCCAACCUCCGCGAGAUCUCAUCCCUCGCCUCCUGGACUGUCUCCACGUCGAAACCCGGCUGCGGCGUUGCAGCCCUCCGAAACCCCUCCCCUCAACAAUAUUGGCAAUCAGACGGCCCCCAGCCACAUACACUGACGCUGCACUUCUUCAAACUCGUCGCUGUUGUUCGACUCCGCGUAUACCUCGAUUUCGAGCUUGAUGAGAGCUACACCCCUACGAAGAUGAUAUUCCUAGCCGGCAUGGGAGGAAACGACCUCGUCGAGUUCGCGACCUGGGAAGGCGAUGGACCAUGCGGCUGGGUCGAUAUACAGCUAGAAGGUGUCGGGGGACGAAACGGAGGCUGGGUCCGAGAGAAUCUAUCGCAGAAAGAUCGGGCAGUUAAGAGCGCUCGUCGCAAGUCCCAGAAACACGAUAAUGGCCAAGACAGUGAACCAUCCGAUACGGAAGCUCUUGACGGUGUGGAUCCUAUCGGCGACGAACUGGAUCCGUACUGUGGGAAUGUUCUCAAGGCUAUGGUGAUCCAGGUGCGAAUUAUGGAAAAUCAUCAAAAUGGAAAAGAUACACAUGUUCGUGGCUUCCAGGUCUUUGCUUGCGAUGAGGGUCGUCGCCGUGUCGCUGCUGCUCCGUCUGCAUCUGCUGAUGGUCGGGAUCGUAAUCAUCGUCGGUACAGUGCACGGCAGUCUAUGCGUGGGAGCUUCCCUGGUGAUGCUCAUCAUGCGCGUAUUGCGGGCAUGGCGAGUGAGGAUCUUGAUACUUCUCGACUUGGUGCGGCUUCUGGGUUGGACGAGCCGGAUUGGAUGGGCGAGCCUAUUAUUCGAUAA